AUGCACCUUGUUGCGUUGAUAGGACUGGUUUUGAGCAUAUGUACAGUGAGCCUGAGCGCCACAAUCGAGGGAAAGCUGGAUCUUUCACCCUUCAACAUCACUCGCAGAAGCGUGAUAAAUACCAAUUUCAAGCUGCUGCAAGUAGGGGACCUCACCGGGGAACCGUAUGUGGCCGCCACAAAAAUCUACGAUAAUCAUGGCAAUUUCAAGUUCCAAGAUGUGCCAGAGCCUCGGGACGGGAAUUCUACGACCUUUUUUGUUCUACAGUCAUCCUCGCUAGAUUUCAACUUGAAGCCCAAUCGCAUAUUAUUCAGAAUAGAUCGCAGCUCCCCCAGCAAUCACACUGUAGAAGUGAAAGCGUACAAAAAUGUGUUUGGCAAGGAAAAUUUCGCUUCGCCCGAAAUUACACACCCCGAGACACUGGAGGAGAUCGGAGCGAAACCUUUUGUUUCGGUUUCUCUCGUCAAUAAAGCACCUCUGCGGGUCUACAUCCAGGAAAGAAAUGGAAGCUUACUAAAAAGUGGGGCCAUCGCCAACAUCCUGAACUCUAAGUUCAAACUAGCUGCUGCCAUAACUGCCGUCUUCGUCCUAAUCGCUCCAUCGAUUAUCGAUAAGCUGGACAGCGCAGCAGUUAAUACCUUUUUAGAUGAUAAAUUACUCCAGCCACAAGUGCAGAAGCAGGCAGAUCAGCAGGAGGUCAAAAGCGAACUCCAGCAAUUGGACGCCAAGUCGUAA